AUGAAUACGAAACUUCGUUGUAUAUUCUUCUUUGUUUUUGUGUUUUUUAACUUAAGUCAGAUCGACUCGACCGAUCUGUCCUAUGGUUUCGAUUUCUCGAAGAUUAAGUUCGAUACUGGAGGAUUGAGUAGAGAUGCAUUUGCAAAAGGAUUUGUGUUUGGAACGGCAACUUCGGCUUACCAAGUAGAAGGAAUGGCUAACAAAGAGGGUCGAGGACAAAGUAUUUGGGAUCCUUUCGUUAAAAUCCCAGGAAAUAUUGCUGGCAAUGCCACGGGAGACGUUGCAGUAGAUCAAUAUCACAAAUAUAAGGAAGACGUUGAUAUUAUGAAAAGAAUGAACUUCGAUGCAUAUCGGUUUUCGAUCUCGUGGCCGAGGAUAUUCCCAAAUGGAACAGGUGAAGUAAAUUGGAAAGGUGUUGCUUAUUACAACAAAUUGAUUAAUUAUAUGAUCGACCAAGGUAUUACUCCAUAUGCAAAUCUGUACCACUAUGAUCUUCCAUUGGCACUUCAAGAGAGAUAUGGAGGUCUAUUGGGGAAGCAAAUUGUGAAGGAUUUUGCAAAUUUUGCCGAAUUUUGCUUUGAUCACUUUGGUGAUAGAGUGAAGAAUUGGAUGACGUUCAACGAACCGAGAGUGAUAGCGGCGUUAGGGUUCGACAAUGGCAUAAACCCUCCUUGCAGGUGUUCUAAAGAGUAUGGAAAUUGCACGGAAGGAAACUCGGGCACUGAGCCUUACAUUGCAGCCCACCACAUCAUUCUCGCUCAUGCUGCAGCUGUGAAUACAUAUAGAACCAAUUUCCAAAAAGCACAAGGAGGCCGAAUAGGGAUUCUAUUGGAUUUUGUGCACUACGAGCCUCUAACGAGGGGAAAAAAGGACAAUUAUGCAGCACAAAGAGCAAGAGAUUUCCACCUUGGCUGGUUUUUGCAUCCAAUUACAUAUGGGAGAUAUCCAACAUCAAUGCAAGCAAUAGUGAAAGAAAGGCUACCAAAGUUCAGUGAAGAAGAGGUUGCUUUGGUGAAGGGAUCCAUAGACUUUUUGGGUAUCAACCAUUACACGAGCUUCUAUAUGUUCAACCCAGAUUGGCCUCAUCCUUCUGCCCCUGGCUAUCAGAAUGAUUGGCAUGCUGGCUUUGCUUAUGAGAAGAAUGGAGUACCAAUUGGUCCACGGUCCCAUACUUUUUGGCUCUACCAAGUUCCAUGGGGAAUGUACAAAGUCUUGAUGUAUGUCAAAGAGCGCUAUGGAAACCCUAAUGUUAUUGUUUCGGAGAACGGUAGGGAUACACCCGACAUCCAACUCCCCGAAGCACUUUUCGAUUUAGAGAGAAUUGAGUACUUCAAGACGUACUUGCAAAAUAUGAAAAGAGCCAUCGACGAAGGCGCCAAUGUAACGGGUUACUUCGCUUGGUCAUUGCUGGAUAACUUUGAAUGGCUAUCAGGGUACACUUCCAGAUUUGGGAUUGUGUAUGUUGACUACAAAAAUGACCUUAAGAGGUACCCUAAGAUGUCAGCUCAUUGGUUCAAGCAAAUGCUUCAGAGGAAGAAAUGAAGUUAGA